AUGGGUAUUCCGAGCCUCCUCCCCUUCCUCGACGACGCGAUGGAGGACGCGCACAUCUCCCGGUACACCGGGAAGAAGGCCGCGAUCGACGGGUAUGCCUGGCUGCACAAGGCCGCACACACCUGCGUCAACGAACUGGCAAACGGCUUCCACACGACCGCGCACGUCGACUAUUGCGUCAAUAAGUUCAAAUUGAUGCGCGAGAACGGCGUCGAGCCCGUCCUCGUCCUCGACGGGGCGGCGCUCCCCGCCAAGGCCGCCACUGAGUCGUCGCGCCGUGCCUCCCGCGACCGCCACCGGCGCGAGGCCAACGAGAUGCUCAAGUCCAACGCGCCGGGCUGGAGGGACGAGCUCGCCAAGGCGAUCGACAUCACGCCCGAGCACGCCCACCAGCUCAUCCUCGCCUGCCGGAGGCACAACAUCGCCUACUACGUCGCGCCUUACGAGGCGGACGCUCAGCUCGCGCUGCUCGCGACCCGCGGCCACGUCCAGCUCGUCGUGGCGGAGGACUCGGACAUGGUGCCCUUUGGCUGCCCGGCGGUGCUCUUCAAGAUGGACGGCAGCGGG